AUGAAGGGCCAGUCUACCUGUGGAGCUUGUGUUUAUGAUUAUGUGAAACUGGUGUGGUCAGUUAAACCAGUAUAUCAUGCUCCGGAGCACAGUAUGAACCCUAAAGAUGUUCUUUCUCGACUUAGAGUCUAUUUCAGAGCUAAAGUGUCAGAUGUGGUUCAGCACCUCAUUACCAUCUCUGAAACGGGAAGAGCUGAUCCAAGGCUCUUUGAUACAUUCCCUGCUAUUAUAAUUAUCGAUGAUGUAGGGUUUAUUGAUAUCAUUGCAAAAUGCUUUGAGUUCUUAAAUAGAAAUGCAGAUGGAAAUGGAGACAUUCUUAAGAUGACUAAUUGCAUUCCAGUCCCGGCAUCUGGUGAUGACAAAACAAAGAUUGUCCUGGUCAAACCUUCCCAGGCAUUAAUGACAGAUAAUGCCAAGGCUUUCUUUCCAUACUUGCACAGAGUACCUUAUGAGCUGAUGGCCUCCAAGCAGUUGCUUGAGAGAAUUGGGGUGAAGGAUUCCAUCCAGCUCUCACACAUCCAACUUGUGUUGAUUACAAUUCACAACCGAACUGAAUGGGACAACGAUUGA